GAUGUCACUUUAGAUAUGAAUUCAAGUCAUGCUUUGAUUGUCAGACGCUUUCAAUUGAUUUUUAAAAAACAAAUUGAUUUGACUCUUGAGGUAAACGUUUGGAUGACUUGUUGACCAGCGAUGGAGUCAAUGGACACGGAUUUUGGUGACCUUUUGCACAAAGCCGAGCAAUUGACAGCUGAUAUCGAUGGCGAGUCUGAAUUGCCGAGAAUUGAGAGGAAUUUGCGGCAAUUGUUAGACGCCGGCGAACAGUUGUGGUCGCGGACCAGCACUGCUGACACCCGACAGACCAACGAUGUGAGAGCUUCGGUACUCUUGGGAUCCAAAGGUUAUGACUUACAGAAGGUUAGUCAACAAUUGGAUUCAUUGAGUGCAUCGAAAAAGUUGACACCAAUUGAAGCGAUCGCUGAAACCGAUAUCAAGGGUUUCUUGAAGAGUGAAAGAGAGAAUGCAAUCAUAAAGAUUAUUGAAGACAUCCGUAAGUCAACCAUCGAAAAGGCAGACAAACUGUAUAUGGAAUCACUUCAGAGGGAGUGGGAAGAAGAGAAGCACAAGAUUUUGAACGCUUUGGUUGGUCCUGAAGAGGACAUCACUGACUUUAGUUCCAGUUUUGAUAUCACUAGCAUUCGCUCUCAGACAAUAUCAUCGACACCAACACAUAGAACUCGUCUUUAUUUUGAGCCAACACUGAUCGACACGUCGACCAUCACAUCAAUGAAUGGCACAGAAAUUGCUUUUGCCAAAGAAGUGAUCAAAUAUGUGGACAAAACUAUUUUUGGAAGCAUUCGCUCUAAUCUCGCCAAUACUUUCUUAGAAAAGGUGGCCAAAGAAACAAUCGGCGAAUCACUAAUCAUUGAUUUGUGGGAAAUGGUAUCCACUUUGAUAUCCAGUGAUAUACCUGUUGCCGCAGAUUGUGAACCACUUGUAAAUAGAUGUGAUCCUAAAGUGAAUGCAUUUUUAAUAAGACAAUCAAAACUAUUUCUUCAGCAAAAAUUUGUUCAAUCAAUUCAAUCUAUUGUCAAUCCAACGAUUGUUAUGUCGACUUCUUUAAGCGCUUCUAUGUUGUAUAAACUGAUUAAAGAUUAUUUAAUUAUCAAAACACCAUAUCUGACCAAUUCGUCACUUAAUGUAUCGUUUGGUACGACACAUAUAUCUAACACAUAUGAAGAUGGAUUAGUAGAUGGAAUACCAAUUUGGUGUUUUAUUUGGUACUGUCUUAGAGCUGGUUCUAUUGAUGCAGCAAUUGAAGUGGCAAUUAAGGGACCCGUUUGGAUAAUCAAUGAUUUUAUAUCUGUAUUACGAGAAUAUAAGCAAAGCGAAGACAAACGAUUGAGUCAGAAAUCGGAAAAUCAAAUCAAGUUGUUGUAUAAGAAGACUAUUCGCUUGAGUACAGACGUGUACAAGAAGACUGUGUUUGCAAUGCUAGGCUCGUGUGGAAUAUCUGAGUUUCCAUCAGAAGUAUUAGAUAAAGUCGAUGACUACUUAUGGCUUAGAUUGAGUCAAAUUCAGAUUCAUGACAAAGAUUCUGAUUCCAGUGAACACUCAAUUCUAUCAAAUACUUCUUCACCAUUGAUUACAUCCGACAAAUUGACUUUUAAUAAGCUUAAGCAACAGAUUAGUGAAGAAUAUGGAGAAAUGUAUUUCAACGCCAAAGACCAACCUUUUAUGUAUUUUAAAGCAUUAUUUCUUACCAAUCAAUUUGAAGCCGCCAUUGAAUUUCUCUUCAGAAUCGAUACUUAUAGAAGUCAUGCCAUUCAUAUAGCCAUAGCUUUGAAUGAAUUGCAUCUAUUGAUAGUACCACACCUUCACCUUAAAGUACCCAUUAUUUCAAAGCACGCAAACGAUCCUCUAAGCGUCCAAAGACUUAAUUUCGCAAAACUCAUAUCAAUAUAUACUCGAAAAUUUGAGGCAAACAAUGCUAUUGAAGCCAUUUAUUACUUUUAUUUAUUGCGAAAUAUUAAAACAACUUCAGGAGACAACUUAUUUACGACAACUGUCUCUAAGCUCGUGAGGGAAACUAAAAAUUAUGACACACUUCUGGGAUAUAUUAGUGAUGAUGGCUGUCGUAUAACCGGAACUAUUGCUAAAUUCAAUAAUGAUGUCAACGCUAUCAUAGAUAAGGUGGCCAUUGAUUUGGAAAAUGAAGGCGCUUUUGAAGACGCUGUCAAACUAUAUGAUUUAAACGGCAAACAUAAUAAAGUUCUUCAGCUUUUGAACAAAUUGCUCAGUCCUUUGAUAGCUGAACGCAAAGUAGUUGAUUCUAAGAGGACUCGUUUAGAGACAUUGGCUUUAAAAUUGGCCGAAAGAUAUUGUAGUAAAGAAAACAACGCCUCACCAGAAGUGGCGCAAACUUUUUAUCUUUUGAUUGAUUUAAUGACAUUCUUUGAUUACUAUCACAAUCAGCAAUAUAAUGAUGCACUCGAUACUAUAAUUAAGCUAAAAAUACUUCCAUUUGAAAGUUCGGACAUUGAAAUGAAAGUCAAUCAAUUCAGUAGAUAUUCUGAAGAAGUUCGCAGAAAUAUUGCCGACAUUUUGUUGGCCACAAUGAAUAUAUUGUAUCCGAAAUACAAGGAAUUAAAAUCUUCAACGCCACGAACUGUCAAUAGAUUUGGAAUAAUAGGUGAAAUCGAUAACAAAGAACAGUUAUGCACCGAAAUUCGCCAAAAGGCCAGAGCAUUGAUAACCUACGCGGGAAUGAUUCCCUACCGAAUGCCCGGCGACUCCAAUGCACGACUCGUUCAGCUCGAAGUCUUAAUGAACUAAUCAUUUGUUUAUCAUUAUAAAUGGUUACUCUAAUCAUCUGUUUAUUAAUUAUAUUAAAUU